CGUUUUCUGAUGUUGCAGUGUCUGUGAAGCAAAAACACGUUUUUUAGUCGUUGUGUUUUAGUCGAAAUUAAGAAAAUGAACCGAAAGGAAGAUUAUGAUUCAUACGAGAUUGAAGAGCCGAGCGAUGAGGAAGGAGCCGCGAGCAGCUCUGAGGAUGAGCUGGAUGUCCUCCUGAACGGGACGCCGGAGCAGAAGAGGAAGCUGAUCAGAGAAUAUCUGACGGGGGAGAGCGAGUCCUCCAGUGGAGAUGAGUUUGAGAAGGAGAUGGAGGCUGAGCUCAGCAGCACUAUGAAGAGCCUGGAGGGCAGCUGGACUGCGUCUACAACACAAGGUCAAGCAACUGGGACUAAUGACAGCACUUCUGCAGCAAACAAACCACAGACUCAGGAGUAUGACAGCAUCUACUUUGACUCCGACUCGGAUGAAGAUGUUACAGCUGGUGCUUCUCAGGGACUGAGGAGGAAGCAGCGCACUUUUCUCACUAAUGACGAGCUGUUGUACGACCCAGAUGAGGAUGACCGAGACCAGGCUUGGGUGGAUGCAAAAAGAAAAGCAUAUAGAAGUCAGAGACCGUUACCGCCAUCAGCGAACAGAAGAGGCAAAAGCCAGGCUCUUCCCAGCAGUGAUGCUGUGCUCAACUGUCCUGCCUGUAUGACCACACUGUGUCUGGACUGUCAGAGGCAUGAGAAAUACCACACGCAGUACAGAGCGAUGUUUGUGAUGAACUGCGCUGUCAACAAACAGGAAGUUUUGCGCUAUAAAACCAUUAACAAGAGAAAGCAGAGCCGCAGCAGGAAGAAAGCACGUCAGGAGUCUGCAUCUACAUCCACAGAGGCUGAAAGAGAGUCGAAUGCAGGUCUGACUGACGCACGAUUGGCAGGAAUGGAUGAAGAAGAGCUUUAUCACCCGGUCAAGUGCACUGAAUGCUCUACUGAAGUGGCUGUGUUUGAUAAAGACGAGGUUUACCAUUUCUUCAACAUCCUCGCCAGUCACUGCUAAAGACAUUUACUGGACACAAUCAAUCCAAACCACUUCUUUCAGUUGGUUUGAUGUAGACAAUUUUACUGUAAAGUAAAUAUGGAGAUGUUUUUUUGGAGGGAAAGGAAUGGGGUUAGACUUAUGAUUUUAUUUAUAGGGUUUUAUUUGAUUUCUGAUGUUGUAAAAUGCAAACACACACAAGUGAUCAGCUUCAUGUAAAUGACAUUUCAUAUUUCCACAUAGUUGAUUCUAUUGGCUUUAAGAUAUGUUCUUUAAGGGUUUUUUUUAUUGUAUUUUUGUACCUGGAGAGGAUAUUGAUGGGAAUUAAACUGAAGUGACAUGUAAA